AUGAGUUCUCUACACGUGGAUUACGUGAUAAUCGAGAAAGCAAACGCAGUUGCGAGGUAUCGUCAGUUUCGAAAGAUUGCGAAAUUGUUCCAAAUGUUUGAGAUCAUUGUGGCUCUAAGUUUGCUCUCAUGGUUGACCACUCGGAUUCCGGCAGUUAUCAAAAUCUCUG